GUAAUUUGAGUAUUUACGUAAACGAAAUGUUCAUUUGAGAGGCUGGGCUUAAUUGUGAUUACAAGACCCUGGUCCGACCACGCGUUAAGUAGGGGGAAGCCGCUGAGUGACAAGUUCUAUGAAGAUAACACAGGCAUUGGAAAUGAAGAUGGCAUCACCCUUGUCAAAUGAUGAGGAAGUGGCCACACAGAAGUUCUUGGAACUUGUGAACAAGGCUCGCAACAGGAAGGGAGCUGGUCCUAUCACGUGGAAAACUGCUGUCAAGUUCCUCAUGGCUCGCAAGUUUGAUGUGGAUAGGGCACUGACGCUUUACGAGCAGCACGAACGGACACGGCUGAUGGAAAACCUGACUGACUUUCACCCCCAUGAAGACCCGCUGAAAAGUGAACUCGAGAUGAAAAAGUUCACUCUGUUGCCGGUGCGGGACAGCUGCGGCGCCUCGAUCGCCCUGUUUACGGCCCGGCUGCACAACCCGCACCUCUCCACCCACAAGGACACGCUGCAGGGCAUCGUGUACCAGUUGGACGUGGCCAUGGAGAACAUCGACGCCCAGCGCAACGGCCUCGUCUUCAUCUACGACAUGUCCGACUCUAAAUACUCCAACUUUGAUUACGACCUCAGUCAGAAGAUACUCAACCUUCUCAAGGGCGGCUACCCGGCGCGACUGAAGAAAGUGCUGAUCGUGACGGCGCCGCUCUGGUUCCGCGCGCCCUUCAAGAUCCUGCGCCUGUUCGUGCGUGAGAAGCUCCGCGACCGAGUGUGGACUGUCAGCAGGCCUCAGUUGUCGCUGCACAUAGCUCGCGAGUCGCUGCCGGUGCAGUUUGGCGGAACGCUGCACGCCGACCAUGCCCAGUGGCUGCGCGAAUGCCACAUGUCGAUGAGUAACAGGACGGAUGGUGACCUCUGCGACAUCAGCCUCACCCAGCUGGACUGCGAGCGGGUCGGCAUGACGGUGGACGAUGUGGCCAACGCCAACUCGUCGGCGGAGGCGAGCGGCGCCAGCGAGGUGUCAGAGGCGUCCUUCUCGUCGGACGGCGACGGCAACGUGCGACGAGCGGCCGCCACGCCGCCGCCGGCCGGCUCGCACUCGCCGGAGCCGGCCGCCUGCUCCGAGAGCUCCGGCUUCUCGGACGAUGACUCGCUGCACAUGGACGACGGCCGCGGCGCCACGCUGCAGGAGCUGCUCGGCCAGCUGGAGGCCAAGGGGCGCAGGCAGCUGUACGACGACUACUGGGAGAUCAAGGCCCAGGCGCCGGCCGGCACCUUCAACCACUCCAUGGUACCGGCCAACCGCGGCAAGAACCGGUACAGCGACGUGCUGUGCUACGACCAUAGCCGGGUCACGCUCUCCCAGGUCGACGACGACCCCAACUCGGACUACAUCAACGCCAACUACGUAGACGGCUACAAGCAGAAGAACGCCUUCAUCUCGUCCCAAGGUCCGAUUCCGGGUACGUUCGCCGACUUCUGGCGGAUGGUGUGGGAGCAGCGCGUGCUGCUGAUCGUCAUGACCACGCGGCUGGUGGAGCAGGGCCGCACCAAGUGCGGCCGGUACUGGCCGCUCGAGCUCGGCCACGAGACGCGCCACGGCUUCUUCACCAUCGAGAACCUGGGCGUCACGCAGGAGGACUGCUACAACGUCAGCCAGCUGCUGCUGACGGACACGCGCUCGUCGCAGACGCGCCAGGUGACGCACUUCCUCUUCACGGCGUGGCCCGACUACAACGUGCCGCACUCGGCGGACGCCAUGCUGCGCUUCCUGGCGGCCGUGCGCCAGACGCAGGAGCGGCGCCUGGCCGAGCUCAGCCCGUCCUGGAGCGGCCACCCGCUCGGCCCGCCCAUACUGGUGCACUGCAGCGCCGGCAUCGGACGCACAGGCACGUUCUGCACGCUGGACAUCUGCAUCCGCCGGCUGGAGGACGUGGGCACGGUGGAUGUGCAGGGCACCGUGGAGAAGGUGCGCUCCCAGCGGGCGCACAGCAUCCAGAUGCCCGACCAGUUUGUGUUCUGCCACACGGCGUUGGCCGACUACGCGGUGUCGCGCGGCUACCUGACGGCCGAGGAGGUGGCCGCCGUCCAGCUGCUGGCCGAGCGUUCCGCCGCCGACUCCGACUGAGGCGGCACCGGGUACGCC